AUGGCAAGCUUUCAUAGUGAAGCAGAAUCGGAUGCCGCAUGGUCAGGUGAUGAAGACUCAUCUGUGAUCCGCUGCUUGUCGAACCGUGGACCCCAGAGUGCCAGUACAGAAGGCUCGGUUGACGAGGCCACCCAGGCGCUCCCAGAUUAUGCACGAGCCCAUUACGAGCAUAUUGCUAGAUAUCAACGCGGUGGAUUUCACCCAGUACAUAUUGGAGACUACCUUGAUUCGAAGGAGAGAUAUAGAGUUCUUCACAAGCUCGGCUUCGGAUCUUCGUCAACAAUAUGGCUGUGUGACGAUGUAGUACGGAGGCGAUUUCGGGCCGUCAAGGUAGUUUCUGCCGACAAGUCUAAGCUGAAAGACCACAAUAACGAAAGGAUCCUCAGUCUGGUGAAGGCUUGUAAAGGAAAAGGCUUGUCAAAUUCUAUUGUGGUGCCAAGAGACAAGUUCUGGAUCACAGGACCAAAUGGGCAGCACCUUUGCCUCGUCAUGCCGGUGUUGGGACCGAACCUACUCGACGGUCUUGAAGGCGCCGGAUUGGACACACCAGGAUAUCUUACAUACCUUUGCUUCAAGCUCAGCGUAACUUUGAGUUGCUUGCAUGAAAAUGGUAUCAUUCAUGGCGAUAUCCGGCCACAGAAACUUAUGAUGGUGCUUAGAGGCGACUGUAUGGAUGAAGCUUGGCGAAAGGAUUCGCUGCACGAUUUAAUUGAAAAGCCCAGUAUCUGGAAACUCAGCUCUUCGUCCCAAUCCUCGUCAAAUCGUGCGCCAAAAUAUCUUGUCAAGAAGAUAAACCUGUGUUCUCUGGAAAAGAGAUUUCGCUCCGGCACAGUAGCUAUUGCUGACUUCAGUCGGUCUCCCCAGAACGGCUUACGUAUAGGAGUCACCAACGCAUUCCCCGCCGCAUAUAGCGCUCCCGAAGUACGACUCAAUCACAAUAUUCCUGACUUCUCGAGUGAUAUCUGGUCGCUGGCGGCUUGUAUCUACUUGAUCCGUACAGGCAGAGAACUGAUGCCACAGAUGGAUUCGAUUUCAGCUUUCAUCGCGUGGACAUCGUGGAAUUUUGAUCUCAGGAAGAGGUACACGACUGGCUUGAGAGGCUGGAAACGCCACCCUCCCGCCAUCGGAGAGCUCUGUCAAUGA